AUGCCUUAUAGCCACAUCCUACCAUAUUUAUUAAGGGGAUCACUUGUACAACUAAGGGAGUUAGGACCCCCACCAGCGGUUCUUCCUCCCGGUUAUGACGCAAAUGCCCGCUGUGAAUUUCAUUCUGGCGCUCCUGGGUAUUCGAUCGAGAAUUGUAAAGCAUUAAAGUACAAGGUUCAAGAUCUUAUUGACUUUAAGGCAAUCACGUUUUCCCCCAAGGGGCCGAAUGUAAAUAAUAACCCGAUGCCCCCUCACAACAAUGCAUCGGUGAACAUGAUAGAAGCUGACAAUGGAAGGAGAUUGAUGUCCUGUAUGGACGAGUUAAAAACACCACUCAUCGAGAUGAAGAACGUUUUGAUGAAGAAUAAUACAUUUUCCAUCUGCGGUAAUGACUGUGAACACUGUCUGAUUAACACGCAACAAUGUAGAACAUUGAAGUCUGUCAUACAACAAUUAAUGAACCAAGGGAUCUUGGUGGUAGACUGCCCGUCCACAAAGGAAGAUGUGUCUACCCUCGAGAUACCAUACGACGAAGUCCCUCCUCUGCAAAUUCCAUAUGACUUCUCUCAGUUAAAUCUGUCAACAAAUCCUGUUACUCCAAUCGUAAUAACAGUUCCCACACCAUUCCCAUAUGUUGACACCAAGGCAGUUCCAUGGAUGUAUGACACCUCAGUCUACAUUCAUGGUCAAAAGAUUCAAGAAGAACCGUUAAAGUCUAGUGAUCCAAUGAUCAAUAUCACCAGCACUAGAGGAAUCACGAGAAGUGGAAGGAUAUUUGCACCGACACCCACUCCAAUUGGAACUAUCUAUCCUUCAACUUCGGACAAAGGCAAACAAAUUGAUGGCGCUCAGCAAAGACAAGACCCCGCACCUUCCAAUGAAGUAGACAAGUUCUUAUGCGUUAUCAAGAAGAGCGAUUAUCGAGUAGUUGAUCAGCUUAACCAGACACCCUCGAAAAUCUCAAUGUUGUCUUUAUUAAUGUGCUCGGAGGCCCAUAGGGAUGCUUUGUUAAAAUUUCUAAGGACAACUCAUGUACCGCAAGAGAUAUAUGUUUGUCAGUUUGAAGGAGUAGUUAACAAUAUCGCUACUAGCUUAAGCUUGGUCCUAUCAAGAGUUUUGGUAGACACUGGGUCUUCCCUCAAUGUGAUUCCUAAGAGCUCCUUUGCUAAACUAAAUGUUGAAGGACUCGUAAUGAAGCCGAGUGAGCUUAUAGUAAGAGCAUUUGAUGGGACUAGAAGGACUGUAAUCGAAGAAGAAGAAGAUGAUGAUGAUGGGUUGAUCUUCACAAAGACUGGUGGAAAUGGUGCCAUCAAAUGGACUGAGUUUGAAAUACCUAAAGUGACCUUGAUUGAAAUAUCAUCCUCGACAACCACCAAUGACAAUUCUGCUACAGUCCCGUACGACUUUGACAACCCUAUUAAUCAAGCUGAUGAUGAGUGUGAGGAAGAGGCCGAACUCCCAAAAGAAUUGGCAAGGCUGCUCAAGCAGGAGGAAAAAGUCAUCCAGCCGCACGAAGAAUCAGUGGAAGUGAUUAACCUUGGGACAAAUGAGGAAGCGAAAGAAGUCUGA